AUGGAUGUUAGAAUUGAAAUACGGAGUCCUACGAAUAGAAAGGAUUUAUCGUUGGACCGUAUAUCGAAAAUGGGAGUCACCCAUGCAAUACGGAAUAAAUUGAACUUUUGUGAUGACAGGCAGUGGAAGAGAUUUAGUGCUCGAAGAUUAGAAUUAAUAGACACCUUAGACUUGAGUCGGAGAAAGGCAAGCGAACAAGAACAGGAUAUAAAAAGAGUAGCGGAGAUAUUGAGGACAGAGUUUCACUACAGCGAGCUGUAUAACGAGGAUUUCGACAAAUUAGUUAGAGCCGCUGUGCAAAGUGUAAGAAGGAAUAGAAAAAGAAUCCAUAGGAAAGAGAAGCAACAAGAAGAGGCCAGAAAUGUUGCAAGCAAAAAAACUGAAGAUCACCACAUAAGACAAGAUGAGCCAAGCAAUGAGUUUUUUUCAGAUAUAGUACAACAUGAGGAUAAUGUUUACGAUGUCAACUACGACAAAUCGAAGCAAUUCUCGUCUAGCGAUUGUGCAAAGGGUGUAAUAGAUAACUUGACCAGACCUAGACUACCGCCAUUACCCAAUAUAUUGUCACAAAUGAAAGCUAGUAAUAGUGUGCUGGCUGAGACUGCCAAAAAAAACAUCUUGAACAAAAUCGAGAGAUCCAAAACGUGUAAUGAGGCUAUUACCGACCGCCGAUCCAAUAAUCUCCAUCAUUUGGGUAAACUGGUUAUGGCGACAUGUGUUGGGUACAUAUUUGAAAUUUCAUUUGAGGGUGUAAACCAACAAUCGGUUGAGUAUUUGAGAAACAAGUUUAAACAAGAGGCUACUUUGGCAAAGUUUUUCAAAGAGUUGGACUUGGAGAAAAAUGCGCAGGUUGUUAAUGAUGAGGUAGCUGUGAUUUCACUAUAUACGUUAUUGGGUGGCAUAGCGAAAGAUUUCGGAUUCGAUGAGGUGAUUUUCCCUAUGUGUGAGAUCUUGUAUGUCUCAAUUAUCAAGCAGUAUCCACUCAUUAGCAAGUAUUCAACUCCGUUUGGUUUACCUUUAAGAAACACGGCAACCCUAAAGGAGUUAGCUGAUGUUGCCUCAAAGUUGCAAUCUCAGACUUCUUCUUCUUCUUCUUCUUCUUUUUCUUUGUCGUCGUCGUCUUCUUCUUCGCCAAGCAAGCACAUGUCAGUUUCUCCUACACCAUUGAAGAAGAGCGUGGCGCCGCCGCAGCCGCAGCCUUUGCUGAUUCCACCAAUUGUCAAUGAUAAUAACAAGAAGAAGAAAAUUGUAUUGAAGUUUCUAAACCAAAGAUUAGAGUUUCUUUAUCCCUUCCUGAGCUCGGCAACACCUCGAUAUUUUGAGCUCAUUGAAAAUGCCAGAGCUGUAUUUAAAUUGAAUGAUUUGGUUUUAGAGAUACGGUACUUGAAUAGUAUAGUACGUACUGAUUCAGAUUUGGAAAAGAUUUUCAGAAAUAGCGAUUCGCUAAUAGAAUUAGAAGUGAUAACUCAAGCACCAGUGCUGAUUCAAAACCUCACAAGCAUUCAAUCGAGAAAUACUUCCAACGAGGUAGAAUACGGGGCUCAUAAGGAUGAAUUCACACCUUUCACGGUAAAUAGUGUUGCCACUCAAAGGGGUAGCACAGAAGAAGUAGAAAAAGAAAGCAGAACUCAUUUUGAGCCAAGACUACCUAGAUUUGAACCGUUGUUAUGA